CUAAUCCUAUGGAAUAAUUCAACUCGUGAGAAUGCACUUGCAGUCCUAGAUGGCUGCUUUAUAAAGGGAGCCCCCUCCGACCUGGGAGGCUGCAGUCUACCUGGAACACUUGAAGAGGCACACGAGGUGGAACGUGGACGAGUGCCUCGCGCCAAGGCCUUUGCCGAGGGCGCGCGCUCACACCAGAAUGUCUGACAGGCUCAAAGAACGCAAAAGAACUCCGGUUUCUCAUAAAGUGAUAGAAAAGCGAAGGAGGGACCGAAUUAACCGCUGCUUGAAUGAGCUGGGCAAGACAGUCCCCAUGGCCCUGGCGAAACAGAGUUCCGGGAAGCUGGAGAAGGCGGAGAUCCUGGAGAUGACAGUUCAGUACCUCCGAGCUCUGCAUUCGGCGGAUUUUCCCCGGGGAAGGGAAAAAGCAGAGCUUUUAGCAGAGUUUGCCAACUACUUCCACUACGGUUACCACGAGUGCAUGAAGAACCUGGUGCACUACCUCACCACCGUGGAGCGGAUGGAGACCAAAGACACCAAGUACGCGCGCAUCCUCGCCUUCUUGCAAUCCAAGGCCCGCCUGGGCGCAGAGCCCACCUUCCCGUCGCUCUCGCUCCCAGAGCCGGAUUUCUCCUAUCAGCUGCAUCCAGCCGGCCCAGAGUUCCCGGUCCACAGCCCGAGCGAAACCACAGUGUUCCCGCAGGGGGCUACCCCAGGGUCAUUCCCUUGGCCUCCUGGAGCGGCCCGCAGCCCAGCACUGCCUUACUUGUCCAGCGCGACCGUACCUCUCCCCAGCCCCGCACAGCAGCACAGCCCCUUCUUGGCUCCGAUGCAGGGCCUGGACCGGCAUUACCUCAAUCUGAUCGGCCACGGUCACCCCAACGCCCUGAACCUGCACACGCCCCAGCACCCUCCGGUGCUCUGAUACUCACUCACUGCCUAGAUUACUUUGGUUUGGUGGCGACUUGAGACGAUGUAUAUAUAUAUGUUGUACAUGUGUAAAUAGUGUGCUAGCAAGAACUGUAUGGGAGGGCUGGUGAGAUGGCUCAGCGGGGAAGAGCACCGACUGCUCUUCGGAAGGUCAUGAGUUCAAAUA